GGCGAUACUGUAUGGUGCAGUAAAAAUACGUGCACAAAUAAACGUCUGGUUGAUAUAGACUGUCAGAAUUACGAAACGGACAGCAUUUUUUACUUUUAUUUGAUUAAAAACAGGAAGACAUUUGAGCUGUACGCACAUGUAUAUACUCUUAAGAGCUCAAAGCAUUAAAGAAGAACUACCCACAUAUAAGUUUAUUUUGCAAAAUUCUACUAGAGUUAAACUGUCAAGAUGUAUGAUGAGGAAAGAAGUCACUUUGCAAAUGAUGACUUCAGUGGAUUUUCAGAAAAAGAAGUCAGGCAUGGUUUCAUCAGGAAGGUGUAUGGGAUUCUGAUGGCUCAGUUGGUGAUUACCUUUGCAAUCAUGUGCAUCUUUAUAUACUCAGAACCAGUCAAGGAAUUUGUACAUGAUCCAAAGAAUGUCUGGCUGAUGAUAGUUGUGAUGGUGGCCACGUUUGUUGUCCUAAUUGCUCUGGCCUGCUGUCCCAAUGUGCGGAGGAGCUUUCCCACCAACAUGAUCCUUCUGACUGUGUUUACUGUACUUGAAGGCUUCAUGUUGGGAGUUGUUUCAGGGAAGUACAAAACAGAGUAUGUGCUGAUGGCAGUUGGAAUUACUGCAGUGGUGACACUUAGCCUGACCAUAUUUGCUUUCCAGACAAAAUGGGACUUCACGAUGAUGGGUGGGCUGCUGUUUGUGUUGCUCAUCGUCCUCUUCUGUUUUGGUAUCCUGUGUGCGAUCUUCCGCAGUGAUAUUGCAAACAUCGUCUAUUCCUGCCUUGGAGCUCUACUGUUUUCUGCGUACCUGGUAUUCGACACACAAAUGAUGAUGGGCGGUAAACACCAGUACGCCAUCUCCCCCGAGGAGUACAUCUUCGCGGCACUCAAUCUCUACCUGGACAUCAUCAAUCUCUUCCUCUUCAUCCUCGCCAUCUUUGGCAAGAAGGAUUAGCUUGUUACCAGCGCAACAGAAAAUGUUUGUGCGAAGUAAAAUUUCAACUGUCAAAAAAAAUCUUGUUUAGAAGGACUGUUGUCAACGUUUUUUUCUUCUUAGAGAAUGGCUGUUUUUCACAAUUUUGAGAAGUUCACUAAUAAACUGUUAACAAUUUAAAAAAGUUUGUGACUCAUUUUUUCACAAUUUAGAAAAGUUUGUGACUUGUUUUUCAUCAAAUUUAGUGGCCAAAUACUGCUUCACAAAGAGAAACAAACUGGUUGUGUGAGUUGGGAACGGACAUCCUUGACUUUGUAUCGUGUUUGUUGAAAGAUGAUUUUUGUGCUGGUUAAUUAGUUGAAAUUUUUGGUUGUGACUCAAGUUAUUAUUUUGAGGUUGACAAAUGUAUUGUGUUUGUAUGACUGUUGUGUUAACAACUAUUUAUAUGUUUGAAAUUUCAUAUAUGUAUAAUACAUAGUUUGAGGCUUUUCUUAAAUUCUGUACCAAAGGGUCAGCAUCUGAUGUAGUUUAUCGGUUACUGGUACAUAUUGUGAAUCUCUAGUUUUACUUUAAUGCAAUAUUGCAUAGUUCAUGCAAAAAUUAAUAAGUAUAGCAAAUAUAGUCAGUAUUAGUGUAGUUAUAUUUAACUUAAAAAAACACAUUGUUAUAUUUUAUUAAAAAACAGUAUUGAGACAAUUAAUUAAGAGACUUUUGUAUGCUAUUGAUUCUAUAUAUGUAUGUUUGCAAUCUUCUGUUUUCAAACUGUGCACACACUGACACAGUCUACAGUUCUAUACCUAAAGCUGCGCUUAACAUCUUAGUGCAAUGCACAUUACGCAAUUCUUAAUGUUUUUAUGAUUGUUGUGUUGUUUGUUUGUAAUUUGUUACUAUGUUAGUGCGAGUAUUUUAACUAUUUCGAGUUGUUUGGUUGUGUUUUUUUUUUAUAGACUAAUUGCAUUUUAGGUAAAACAAAUCAAAAUCUGCGAAAACAAGGAAAUAAUCAAAUAAUGGUAACUAGCUAUUAUCAUAAAAUAAUAACUUAAAUUUCAAAAAAUGUAUUAUUAAUGUGUUAUAUACUUAUUCAACCUUUUCAAAGUGCUAUCAUACUCUACACAAAAAUAUUGGACAUCAUAAUUUUCAAAUAUACAGGUACAGUUGCCAUUAUUGCAGCAAAAAAGAUACUAAGUAAUUUGUUUUAUUGCUGGGAAAGAUACUAAAAGAUAAUUUGUUCUGUUGCUGGAAAAUAUACUAACUUCUUGUUUUGCUACAUCACUUUUUUAAAUUCUACAUUUAUUGUUUACUGAUUAUUACAGAUUGAAGGUUACAUUGUUUUGUGGGUGUUUUUUUUCAAUUAUUAUUAAGUAAAAAUAUUAAUUCCAACUUUUAUUUUGUAAUUACUUGAAGCACUUUGAUUUUUUUUAUCAUAAUCAUGAGUUUUAUUGUUCUUACAAAAAGCGAAUUACUUGUUACUAAGUAAUUAUUUACUUCAAAACAAAUGUUAUUAGUAUUAUUUUUUAUUAAAUUGGAAUAAACCUAUGCACAUUUCAGUAUGAUUCCCACCAAAUGUGGGCUUAUUCUUUUACAAGUUUAAAGUAUUAAGGUUAAUGUUCAGACUAUUAUUUCCAUGUCAUAGUAGCGUUGUAUUUUCUUCAUGCAUAGAUUUCUGUUUUUGUGUAUUUUGAAAUUCAAAUAAAUUAAUUCCUGGAAUCCCCCCACAGCUUGGAACAUACAACACUGUUUAUUUGCUGUUGAACUGUUUAUGCAGCAUAUGUUUUGUUUAAUGCACUAUAUUACAUGAUUUUGCACACGUGCAAGUAAAUUGUUGUUGGUGUUUGUCCAUAAUAAUCAGGCCUAGAUGAAAUGUCAACCUAGAAUGGAGAACAUGCCCAAGCAGGUGAAGUGCUUUUGAAGUUUUAUUUAUUAAAUCUAAAAUCAAUAAUUUUUUAGGGGAAUUUGUUGUGAAUUAAUUUUAAAUUUAGUAAUGGUUUAUGCUUGAAAGGUUUUUAAUUAUGCGUUCUUUCAUUUGGUUGAGAAAUAUGUGGAUGUUUUGCAUUUGCAAAGGUUGCAGUGAAAGGCACACGAUUGUAUUCUUAAUAAAUAUGUUGUUAAGAUUUGAAGAA